CCGUGUUUAGUUUUCUCCAACCUGAGGAGCUGCCUGUGUCUAGCGUCGCUGCGCCGAGGGGGAAUCCACCGCUGCCAGGUUCUGGUCAUGUUUUCAGAGCAACUGUGAGGCUUUUUGUUUCACUUUUGAAUCCAAGUGGAACGCGGGGAGACCACGCGAAGUCGGACGUCGGAGGACGCUUUAAAAAAAAAAAAAAAUCGCCGGUGGGGAGGACAAACAACGGUUCAAAGUGGUUGCUCAAUGCCCCCCUAGUCGGCAGGAACAGCCCUCCCAGUUCCCCACACCUCCCCACAUCCAUGUGGACUGCGGCAGCCCCCGCGCUGGGCUCGGGGCUACGAACGAGCGCCGUCCCUUUGUUCCUCCGCGGACCGCAUCGGGCCGACGCGUCGCGGCUCGCCGACGGACCUCCGCGCGCUCGGCUCGCGCACAUCCCCGUGUCACAGUGACGGGAUUGUUUACCCCCGUUAAAAUGGCUGCUGACGUGCCCUUCGGACGAGAAUGGGCUUGAACCAUCGCAGCGGCGCUACGUUGCCGAGCCGAGCCGACGCCGAGAAGCUAACGUCACGCUGAAUCGCACGCGAUGCGCUGGGCAGGUUCGGCGCAGCUAGCUAAGCCCCUUCGCGAGCUGUAAUAGGUGGUCCGCCGCCUUUUUCGGUAGCUUCAGGGAAUUCCUCCCACUCCCGAGUCUAUGCAUGCGGUUAACCGAGCAGCCUCCCCCCCCCCGCUCUUCCUUUAAGCUAACAUAGCAUUACGUUAGCCGUCCGCUGCACAGCUUCAUACGCAGGCUACGCAGCGUGCACGCGAAUAUGCGCGACUUCUUUUGUUGGAAUUGAAACAGCCUGAAUCGAGGCCCCCCCCCCCCCCCCCAAAAAAAGAACCAUAGAGGCCCCGGUGUGUUACUCGGCUCCCCGUCCACCUGGGGGGUUAAAAAAAUGGAUCCUGGGUGCAGGACUCAACUGUCCCUCUCCGGAGCCAGGGUCGCGGCCGCCCGCGGCGACCCGCGGCGCGUCGACAGAUGCCUGCUGCUCUGCGUCCUGGUCCACCUCGCGCUGUUCGCGCGCGCCUCCCCGGCGAAGCCGUGCGACAAGAGCUGCCUCUCCGGGAAGUGCGUCAACGGCUCGUGCAUCUGCGAGCGAGGAUGGGUCGGCGACCAGUGCCAGCACUGCCAGGGCAGGUUCAAGUUAACGGAGCCCUCAGGAUACCUCACUGAUGGUCCAAUCAACUACAAGUACAAAACAAAGUGCACCUGGCUCAUUGAGGGCUAUCCAAAUGCGGUUCUUCGGUUGAGAUUCAACCACUUUGCCACAGAGUGUAGUUGGGACCACAUGUACGUCUACGAUGGAGACUCGGUAUACGCUCCUCUGGUUGCUGUUUUCAGUGGUCUCAUCGUGCCAGAGAUACGAGGAAACGAGACGGUUCCCGAGGUUGAGACAACCUCGGGCUAUGCACUACUACACUUUUUCAGUGAUGCUGCCUACAACCUGACAGGAUUUGAAAUCUUUUACUCGAUCAAUUCUUGUCCCAAUAACUGCUCUGGCCAUGGGAAGUGCACCCCGGGGAACUCGGUCGCCAGCCGAGUGUACUGUGAAUGUGACAAGUACUGGAAGGGCGAGGCCUGUGACAUCCCCUACUGCAGGAACAACUGCGGUAGCCCCGACCACGGCUACUGCGACCUCACCGGUGAGAAGCUGUGCGUCUGCAACGAAAGCUGGCAAGGUCCGGACUGCUCUCUCACUGUACCGUCGACAGAAUCCUUCUGGGUACUACCGAGCGUCAAGCCCUUUGGCACGUCACUCGCCAGAGCAUCCCAUAAGGCGGUGGUGCAGGAAAAGGUCAUGUGGGUGGUUGGCGGAUACACCUUCAACUACAGCUCUUUCCAGAUGAUUCUUAACUACAACCUGGAGAGCGGCAUCUGGACCACAGUGCCCAUCAACAGUGGCCCUGUGCCAAGAUACGGCCACUCACUUGCUGCCUACCAGGACGAUAUCUACAUGUUUGGCGGGAAACUAGAGGCGGGCUGGGCAAAUGUGACAGACGAGCUGUGGGUGUUUAACGUACCCAGUCGGACGUGGCAGCGGCGAAACCCCGUGGUCGGCCCAAUGGCCCAGGCCCAGAUUUACGCAGUGGAGGGACACUCGGCCCACUGCGUCCUGCUGGAGAGCGGCGAGGCCGUUAUGCUGGCCAUCUUCGGCUAUUCCCCCAUCUACAGCUACAUCAGCAACGUUCAGGAGUACAACCCGAGAUCCAACACGUGGUUGGUACCUGAGACCAAAGGUGCCAUUCCCCAAGGAGGCUACGGCCACAGCAGCACGUACGACAGUGCCAGUGGCAGUGUGUAUGUUCACGGAGGCUACAAGGCCCUGCCUGCCAACAAGUACGGCCUCGUCGAUGACCUCUACCGCUACGAUGUCAAUACUAGGACAUGGUUCAUCCUGAAAGAGAGCGGCUUUCCACGAUACCUGCACUCAGCCGUGCUCCUCAGUGGCACCCUGCUCGUCUUCGGCGGCAACACGCACAACGACACCUCACUCAGCAACGGCGCCAAGUGUUUCUCUGCUGACUUCCUUACCUACGACAUCGCCUGUGAUGAGUGGAGGCUCCUGCCUAAACCAGACCUGCACAGAGAUGUCAACCGCUUCGGUCACUCUGCCAUGGUCAGCAAUGGGUCCAUGUAUGUGUUCGGGGGCUUCUCCGGUGUGCUGCUCAACGAUGUGCUGGUCUACCGACCCCCCAGCUGCCAGGCCUUCUUGGCAGAGGAAGGCUGUGUGAGGGCCGGGCCAGGGGUCCGCUGCAUCUGGAGCAGAGGCCGCUGUCUCCCCUGGGAGCCCAGCAUGGCAAAUGGCAGCCUCACUCCUUCCCCAUUCUGCCCCCCUAAAGCUGUCACAGUGGACGAGCGGUGCUACCGGUUCUCAGACUGUGCCAGCUGCACAGCCAACACCAACGGGUGCCAGUGGUGCGAUGACAAGAAGUGCAUCUCUGCCUCCAGCAACUGUACAUCUAACGUGAAGAACUUCACCGAGUGUCCAGUGCGCAAUGAGCAGGUGUGCAGCAAGCUCGCCAACUGCAAGAGCUGCUCGCUGAAUCUCAACUGUCAGUGGGACCAGAACCAGCCAGAGUGCCACGCUUUGCCUGCCCAACAGUGCAGUGAGGGUUGGAGCCAGGUGGGGGAAGCCUGCCUGAGGAUAAACUCCAGCCGUGAGAGUUACGACAAUGCCCAACACUACUGCAAGAACCUCAAUGGAAACAUCGCCUCACUCACCAACUCCAAACAAUUGGAAUUUGUACUUGAGGAGCUCAAGAAGCUCCAGGAACAAGACAAGCGGCUGUCUCCCUGGGUUGGCCUGAGGAAAAUCAACGUGUCGUACUGGGGUUGGGAGGACAUGUCCCCCUUCACCAACGGCAGCCUGCGCUGGCUGCCCGGCGAGCCCAGCGACUCGGGUUUCUGUGCCUACCUGGAGGAGCCCCAGGUGUCCGGCCUGAGAGCCAAUCCAUGCACUGCCACAGCCCAUGGUCUCAUUUGUGAAAAAGCUGCCGGGAAUCCCAAUCAGAGUACCCGUCCAUCCUGCAAGAAGCCCUGCUCGCUGCACACCAAUUGUGCUAACUGCACCAGCCAGGCCAUGGAGUGCAUGUGGUGUGGCAGUGCGCAGCGCUGUGUCGACUCCACUGCCUAUGUCAUCUCUUUUCCCUAUGGCCAGUGUCUGGAGUGGCAGACUGGAGAUUGUUUGGCUCAGAACUGCUCAGGCCUGCAGACGUGUUCCCAGUGCUUGGAGCAACCGGAGUGUGGCUGGUGUGGAGAUCCCAGCAGCACCGGGAAAGGCCUGUGCAUAGAGGGCUCAUACCGGGGGCCCAUGAAGAGAACAGCGAAGCAGGGCCAGUCCCCGGACAUGAGCCUGGAGCCAGGCAGCUGCCCCAAAGACAAGGGCUACGAGUGGUCCUUCAUUCACUGCCCUGCAUGCCAGUGUAACGGCCACAGCACGUGUGUGAACGGCAGCGUGUGCGAACAGUGCCGGAACCUCACCACCGGCCCUCACUGCCAGACCUGCAUGCCUGGUUACCAUGGCGACCCGACCAACGGCGGCAAAUGCCAGGCCUGCAAGUGUAAUGGUCAUGCAAGUGUGUGCCAGGUGUUAACGGGCAAGUGCUUCUGCACCACCAAGGGGAUCAAAGGGGACCAGUGCCAGCUAUGUGACUCAGAAAACCGUUACCUUGGCAAUCCACUCAGAGGAACCUGUUACUACAAUCUCCUCAUCGACUACCAGUUCACUUUCAGUCUCAUCCAAGAAGAUGACAAUCACUACACUGCCAUCAACUUCAUGGCCUCACCUGAGCAGGCAAACAAGAACUUGGACAUGUCCAUUAAUGCCUCCAACAACUUCAACCUCAACAUCACCUGGUCGGUGGGAUCAACAGCCGGAACCAUCUCUGGGGAGGAGGUGCCCAUCGUUUCCAAAACCAACAUCAAGGAAUACAGAGACAGUUUCUCCUGUGAGAAGUUCAACUUCCGAAGCAACCCCAAUAUCACCUUUUAUGUCUACGUCAGUAACUUCUCAUGGCCCAUUAAGAUCCAGAUCGCCUUCUCCCAACACAACAGUAUCAUGGACCUUGUCCAGUUCUUUGUGACAUUUUUCAGUUGCUUUCUGUCGCUACUCCUCGUGGCAGCAGUGGUGUGGAAGAUCAAGCAGACAUGCUGGGCCUCACGGCGGAGAGAGCAACUGAUGAGAGAGCGUCAGCAGAUGGCCAGUCGUCCGUUCGCCUCGGUUGCCGUUUCACUGGACGCCAGGGGAGAACAAACAGAGCUGCUGCAGCCCGUGGUUGAUGGUGUGCCCAAACCUGUUGCGAUGGAGCCGUGUUCCGGAGGGAAAGCUGCCGUGUUGACCGUCCUCGUGCGUCUGCCCUCCGGGCCCACAGGCCUCCCUCCACCGGGACAGUCAGGACUCAUCGUUGCCAGUGCUCUGAUAGACAUCUCACAACAGAAACCAACGGAUUAUAAGGACAAGUCGCAGGCUCUAAAGAACCGAAAAGCGCUUCCUCCUGCUCACCAAGGCACCUGCGUUUGAGGCUCAACCCCCGUCAAUCCAUUGGCUCCCCCCCUUUUUCUACCAUCCGUGGUGCCCGCCGUAAACCUCUCUAGAGACGGCAACGCGUAGACGGUUUCAUUCGGCUACUACCGCUGAAGAUUUUAAUGUCCCCACGAGCACAACCCUCGUUACCUUUCCUGCCCCUUUGCUCUAUUCCGCAUAUGCCAGCCUCAUAAAUCAUGCUCCAACCUCUGCAGCAGCAUCCUCCACCUGCCAGGCUCCAACUUCUCUCCUCAUCGCGGCCCCGAAGAGGGAACCUGCCCCGAUCAGUGACAUUAGGAGACGGAUUAAUUAGGAGACUCCGCACCCAUUGGCGCUUCAGUCGUUACUAAUUUUUUGGACGCCUCAUCGUCUGUUUGCUCUGCGUGAGGGGCGAAGCAAAGGUGUCUGCGCAUUAGGUUGUACCAGAGUUGAACUUGGAGAUAAAAACAAAAGGUUGAAAAUGGCUGGUAGAUUUCCAGAACAUGCUGCCUACAGGGACGGUUUGGUCUUUUUUGCCAACAAGUGGUAUUCUAUGGUGCUAAAGCAUUUAGUUUCUAUGACGAGCCUGACUCAUUCUGCCUUUUUGCGGGGGAAGCUAUGCGCUACGACACGAUUCUUUCCCCCCCCCGACACUUGAGUAAUUUUUCUCUCACCACGUUGCCAGUUCCCGUCAACGGUCUCUUUCUUAGCAUUUCCCGUACAUGCGUAUCAUCCAACCAGCUGAAGCGAAAGUCUGUAUUUUCUGCCGAGUGCGUGUACAAGUGCUGCAGGGACGACGAGGCUGCGAUCGCCUCCGGGACGGCAUGCGGGGCGACGGCCGCAGACCGGAAGGGAGCACGAACAAAUCCUGAGUCGUCAAUGCAAAGCAUGGGCGACACUGAAGAAAAGUUAGAUGCAUUUUAUCAGCAAACAGGAGGUUUCAUUUAUGAACGAAGAGCCAGAUUCUCCCCCUUUAUUUUUCUUAGUAAUCUCAUCGUGGUCGCAAGAGAAACACUGACGUUCUGGUACAUUAUUUUCUUUACUGUACUUUUGUUAUUGUAUUAUUUUGCUGUGCAACUUGGACAUUAGUCUUUUGAACCUGCCCUUGGAUUGGUGUGGUGGGUGGACGCUGCGCAGGAGAAAGACGUCUGCUUUGACAUCAGCGGAGCAGGGACAUCAUCAUGCUCCUCUGGCUGUUUACUAGUUUGUUUCGUAUAUUUCUUUUGAUUUCAGUACUCUUGUCUUUAUUUCCACCUUUGAGUAUGAGGAGUUACGCCUUGGCUUAUCAUGAACUCCUACAGAGGGGGAGGGGCGGGGGCAGAAUGUUGAUUUUUCAAAAGCUGUCAACCAUUUGCCCCAAACUCCAUCCUGAGCUGUACAGUGUCUUGUUGGAACAAAUGUGAGUCUUCGUCGCUCCUCGUCUCUUGAGAUUUCACGUGUUUGUCAGGUUUUUUAUGACAGAAUGGCAAGAGAUCAUCAUUUAUUUCAGGCCUCGUCACCUGUUACUAUUGUAUCAACAAUGAACUGUAAGUCUUUUGAUACGCGUGUGGCGAAAGGAAAAAAAAAAAGAAGCAUUUCUGUUAAUAUUUUUUGUUUUGAUAUUUAACAAGAUUCCUGUGUAAUAGCGCAUUUCACUCGAUUUUACUCUCGACUUCAAUCAGUUGUUUUUUAUGUCUACUGUUUCUGAAUCGUGCAUCUUAAAGGACUUAAUGGGCAUUGUCUCGCUUUUUUUCCCGUUGUGGUCAUUAUGAUGCGUUUCACGAGGCUGUUGUGUCUUCAUUUUGUGUUUGUAGAGUAAUCUUAUAACAGUGUCAUUACACAGGAAUCGGGGUCUCACUGUACCGUGGAGAAGAAGAAAAAAAAAAGAUGAGAAACUGCAUAUCAGUAAUCUUCAGUGUAUUUUAAAGAUGGACAAGAUGCCAGAAAAUAAAAUAAAAUAAAAGACAGACCUGAAAAUCA